AUGGUUUCUUGGAACUUCCAAAAAUUUAAAACCAUGAAACAUCUAUUCCUGAUACUAUUGUGUGUUUUUAUACUUAAGUCUCAAGCUGUCAGUGACCACGAUGAUAAGGCCGCUGUGGAUGCCCGGGCUCAUCGACCCAUUGACAGGAGGAGGGAAGAGGCUCCCAUCCUGAGACCUGCUCCACCUCCCAUCAGCGGACCUGGCUAUCGGGCUCGUCCAGUCAAAGUAGCUCCCAGCCAACAGAAAGUGGAAAGAAAAGCCCCUGAUGCUGGAGGCUGUCUUCAUGCUGACCCAGACCUGGGAGUAUUGUGUCCUACAGGAUGUCAGUUGCAAGAUACUUUGGUAAAACAGGAAAAACCAAUCAGAAACAGUGUAAAUGAGUUAAAUAAUGAUGUGGAAUCUGUUUCCCAGACCUCUUCUAACACCUUUCAGUAUAUAACUGUGCUAAAAGACAUAUGGAAAAAGAGGCAGAAGCAAGUAAAAGAUAAUGAAAAUGUAGUAAGUGAAUACACCUCAGAGCUGGAAAAGCAUCGAUUAUAUAUAGACGAGACUGUGAAUAGUAAUGUCCCAACUAACCUUCGUGUGCUCCGUUCAAUCCUGGAAAACUUGAGGAGCAAAAUACAAAAAUUAGAAUCUGAUGUCUCGGCUCAGAUGGAAUACUGCCGCGCCCCAUGCACUGUCAGUUGCAAUAUUCCUGUGGUGUCUGGCAAAGAAUGUGAGGAAAUUAUCAGGAAUGGAGGUGAAACAUCUGAAAUGUAUCUCAUUCAGCCUGACAGUUCUACCAAACCAUACAGAGUAUACUGUGAUAUGACCACAGAGAACGGAGGAUGGACAGUAAUUCAGAACCGUCAAGAUGGUAGUGUUGACUUUGGAAGGAAAUGGGAUCCAUAUAAACAAGGAUUUGGAAAUAUUGCAACCAAUGCAGAGGGGAAAAAAUUCUGCGGCGUACCAGGUGAGUAUUGGCUUGGAAAUGAUAAAAUUAGCCAACUUACAAUGAUGGGACCCACGGUACUUUUGAUUGAAAUGGAGGACUGGAAAGGAGAUAAGGUGAAGGCGUUGUACGAAGGAUUCACUGUAAAGAGUGAGGCCGACAAAUACCAACUGUCAGUGGGCAAAUAUAAGGGAACAGCUGGCAAUGCCCUCGUGGAUGGAGCUUCUCAACUGGUGGGAGAAAACAGAACCAUGACUAUUCACAACGGCAUGUACUUCAGCACAUACGACAGAGACAAUGACGGCUGGUUAACUACAGAUCCCAGCAAACAGUGUUCUAAAGAGGAUGGUGGUGGAUGGUGGUAUAAUAGAUGUCAUGCGGCCAAUCCAAACGGCAGAUACUACUGGGGUGGACAGUACAGCUGGGACAUGGCAAAACACAGCACAGAUGAUGGAGUGGUAUGGAUGAACUGGAAAGGGUCUUGGUAUUCCAUGAAGAAAAUGUCUAUGAAGAUCAGGCCCUUUUUCCCACAGUAA